AUGUUAGAAUAUGUUGCUUCAUGUCCGAGGAAUUUCGAGAAAUUGUCAAACGACAAUGACACGAAGUGGAAUAAGGUCAUGCCUAAUGCAACAGAGCUUUUUGAAGUUAGAUUUAGCUUUGCAAAGGUCAAUCAUAUGACAAGUUUAUUUGAUAUAAAGUUUGAGAAUGGAUUGAUGGAAAUACCUUCUAUUGAUGUGGUAGAUAGUAUAGAAACCCUCCUGCAAAAUUUCAUUGCUUAUGAGCAACAAUCAAUUGAUUUACAAUAUUUAUAUUUCAGUGAUUAUGCAAUUUUUAUGGAUCAACUAAUCAACUCAGAUAAAGAUGUGAGUUUGCUUCGCCGUAAAAGAAUCAUAGCAAACUGGAUAGGAGAUCACAAAAAAGUGGCUAGCCUCUUCAACAAAAUCAGAAACGAGGUCACUGCUUAUUCCAACUUCUAUUUCAAAGAAGUAUUCACAAAAGCAAUUAAACAUUGUGAUGAAAAACCAUGGAACAGAAUGAGGGAAAGUUUGAAGCACAAUUAUUUCAGUAGUCCUUGGGUAGGAGCUUCAACUAUGACAGCCAUCACACUCCUCAUACUCACAGCUAUACAAACUAUUUUAGCUAUCACAAGUGCCUUAAAGUAA